UCACAUAGAUCUGCCUGCUUCUGCCUCCCAAGUGCUGGGACUUCAACUUUAUUUUUCCUCACUAUUUCUUGUUUAAUUUUUCGUCUUAGCGUAUAUCUUCCAAAAAAAUGCUUGCAUUUAUUUCUGUUAAUUCCUACAGUUGGUCCCCACUCUGUUGCCUGUUAUUUCCUGGAUUUUCCCUUUUCGGAAAGCUUUCGAGAGACUAAUGUAGAAAGCAGUGGUUAUUCUUUUGUCUUCUGCUCAUCUCUGACUUGUGUUCCUAUCUUGGUUUUCAUUUCUCUCUAACGUAGUUAUAUUUAUUCCUAGACCCUAGUGUCUAAAAAUCUAGUUGACACUGAUGGGGGUUUAUUUCUUCUUUCUAAGACUUUUGAGCUGAUGGGUGCCUCAAGGACUGUGUAUUCUUUUUGGUAUCUAUUUAUUGUUACUUUAUGUGUGUGGGUGUUCUGCCUUCACAGACGUCAGUAUGCACUGAGCCCUGUCUCCAGUUCCCGUGCGUCCUUGAGUGCUGCUGGCACUGAACUGUGAAAGUCACCAAAGGCUCCAUCUAGGAAGUCAGCUGUGAGAGUCUAGUCAGCAGGACCUCCAGAGGGUUUUCUUUCCUCUUUUUAGAGCAGAGGUCUUAACCUUCUUCAUGCUGCUGCCCUUGUUCCUCAUGUUGUGGUGACCCCUGCCAUAAAAUUAUCUCACUGCUAUGUUGUAGUGAUACUUUGUUUGUGUUUUAACAAAAAAAGCUUGCCUGAAGAUCAGAGUGUAGAGCUAAGCCACUAGAGGCCAGGCGGUGGUGGCUCAUGCCUUUAAUCCCAGCACUAGGGAGACAGAGACAGGCGUGAUGUGGCUGGGUGGAGAGAGGAAUAUAAGGCGGUCUGAGGCCGCAGUCUUCAGUCUAAGGAACAGUCUGAGGACAGGAUCGCUCCUUUGGUCUGAGCAUUGGUAGAGGUUGAGCUACGCAGGGGCUCUCGUUUUAAUAUGCAGAAGCGAAGAGGAAGAACGGGGAGAGUCAGAAGGCGAAGACGGUGCUGUGACUCCAGAGGAGUGAACGAGAGCCACAGACCUGAGUUUAUAGAGCUGAAAAGAUGGCUGAAAGACAGGAAGUUUGAAGACACAGGCUUAGUACCUGCCUGCUUUCCAGGAACGGGAAGAGGGCUGAUGAGCAGAACAUCACUGCAGGAGGGACAGAUGAUUAUUUCAUUGCCUGAGAGCUGUCUGCUCACCACGGACACUGUGAUUCGAAGCUCCUUAGGCCCCUACAUCAAGAAGUGGAAGCCUCCUCCAUCUCCCCUGCUGGCCCUGUGCACAUUUUUAGUCUCAGAGAAGCAUGCAGGUGAUCAGUCCCUCUGGAAGUCUUACCUGGACAUUUUACCCACUUUGUACACCUGCCCCGUCUGCUGGGAGCCAGAAGUGGUAGAUCUUCUGCGGGAACCUUUAAGGACAAAGGCGGAGGAACAGAGAGCCCACGUGCAGGACCUGUUUGCCUCCUCCAGAGCCUUCUUCGCCUCCCUGCAGCCUCUGUUUGCGGAGUCUGUGGACAGCAUUUUCAGCUACAGUGCCUUCCUGUGGGCCUGGUGCACUGUGAACACCAGAGCUGUGUACCUGCGAUCCGCGAGGCAGGAAUGCCUUUCCGCGGAGCCAGACACGUGCGCACUUGCUCCCUACCUGGAUCUGCUCAACCACAGCCCACAUGUCCAGGUGAAAGCAGCAUUCAAUGAGAAAACCGGCUGCUAUGAGAUCAGAACGGCCUCAGGCUGUCGGAAGCACGAGGAAGUGUUCAUCUGCUAUGGCCCCCACGGUAACCAGCGGCUGCUCCUGGAGUAUGGCUUUGUCUGCGCCCGCAAUCCUCACGCCUGUGUUCCUGUCCCCGGAGAGACGCUGGCUAAGUACCUCCCAGCAGCCGACAGACAGGUGCACGGGAAGAUGUCCAUUCUGAAGGAGCACGGCUUUACAGAGAAUUUGACAUUUGGAUGGGAUGGACCGUCUUGGAGGCUGCUCACAGCUCUGAAGUUGCUGUGUCUGGAAGCUGAGAAAUUUACGUCCUGGAAAAAGGUACUUCUUGGCGAAGUGAUCUCAGAUGCAAAUGAGAAGACAAGCUUGGGAGUGGCCCAGAAAAUAUGCUCUGACUUCAUCGAGGAGACCCAUGCUGUGCUGCGAAAGGUCUCUGACAUGAAGAAAGAAAACGUGUUGCUGGUAAAUCAACUCGCUUUGGUGGAAGCCCUGUGGGUGGAAGAGCUGAGGAUUCUCCAGGCCUCUGCUGAGAUUGUGAGCAGUUUAUGAUCCCCCUUCCCCGACAUCACAGGGAGCAUGUGAUCCCUCCUGUGGAGGGCGUACUUUCCUCAUUUUUGCUGAGGUUGGAAUAAAUAGACUUAUAUGACA